GAUAUGAAUCGAAUUGCAAUCACAUGUAGCAUACCUUUUGGGGCUUACCGCGCAGGCGCCUGUAAAAAUUGAUUCACUCGAGCUGUGUGUUUGGCCAGAAUGGUGUCCUUAGAGGCCGAGAAAUUGUGAUACAGCUGGCUGAAGGCAGCCCCUAAUUUCCAUUCACUGUCAAUGUCAACAUCCAAAGCUUGGGAAUCGAAAAGCAAACCUCAAUAUUCGUCAUGGACUUGGACGAUGUGGCAAGUCACCAUGGAUUCGGCCAACAUAUGGCCAUGACCACGUACAAUGUGGAGACCUCGGCGGUGCACAGGAAACUGCAGAGCAAGGUUGAGGCCCUGAGGAUCCUGCGCCAGGAGCUGGAGCAGUUUCGCGUGGAACGAGACCAGUACAAGCUGGUGGCAGAGACCCUGCAGCUGCGCUACUCGGCGCUGAAAAGCAACAGCGAACUGCUCGCCGUCGGCGGAUGUGGAGCCCUCAGCGAGAACUCCAGUUUGGCCGCCCUGCUCCAUGAGACGCGGGAGCAGAAUCUUAAGCUCAGCACUGAAGUGGAGGCUUUGAGGCAGCGGCUCAACGAGCUUCAGGGCGACAUGGAACUACUCCGCGAAACGGAGGCCAGCAACAAGUCGCGGGUCCAGGCGAUGGCCAGUGAGAAUGCCGCCCGCAACAAGGAGGACCUGCAGUGGCGUCGGGAACGGGCCAACUUCAUCUGCCACCUGGAGGGACUCAAGAAGCGGAAUGCCCAGCUGGCCUUCGAUCUCAAGGCGGUCAUCGAUGAGAAGGAGGAGUUGAUCACCGAGCGGGAUGCCUACAAGUGCAAGGCCCAUCGCCUCAACCACGAGCUCUUUGUGGCCCUCAGAGCUAAGAAAACGCAUCCUAGACUUUUGGACAUCGAUGGUGUUUUGCUGGAGAACAAGUACCUGCAUGAACGUGUGAAGAUCCAAGACAGCGAACUGGAACUGACCAAACAGAGCAUUACUAAGUACAAGACCAUGUUGGAUGCAAAAAGGAAGAAGGGUAUUGUAAAACUUGGUGGUGGCAGCACAAAUGAAGACACAAUACUAAGCCCCCGACAAGUUAAAACAAUCCUGGAGAGUGGCAUCGAUCUGCCUCAAAAAACAGAGAGCUUAAGCGACCUAAAAUCCUUGUGUCUGGCUCUGCUGGACAAUUUAAACGAUAAGAAUUUAGCCCUGACUCACCAGAAGAAACCAACAAGUAGGAAAACAUGGUUGUCAUAUACAAAUAUAUAUGAUAAAAUAUAUAUCCACAGAAUACUUGCUGGCAAGAUGACGGAGCUGGAACAGCGGUGGCAGCAGCUUCUCUCCGGAACCGAAGAUAACUCAGAGGGUCAGGAGGAGGACGAGGAGUACGGCUAUGCUCCCUCCCAGCUGCUCCUCAAUGGUUAUUGCGCCGCCAUGGUUGAUGAUGUCGACAUCAGCAGUAUUCCGUCCAUUGCUCCAGACAACGAAGGCGUCGCCAUUACACCAGAUCCUGGAGAUUCUAGAAAGCCCAAGUCGGCUGAGGCCCUGCACUCCGACGAUGGAAUCUCGCUUUCGACCGAGUCAGUGGAUUCUUCUGUGUACGAGGUCGAUGUACAGCCCGAUGACUCAAAGUCUUCGUCUGCCACCACGGUCGGGAAUUGCGGUCUGAGCAGUCGAUGUACCGGCACACCACGAAUAUCCAGUGCUGGCCGGGAACGGAUGGAGGAUCUGAAGGACCUGCCGCCUCACCUGGCCACUCUGGUGCAGAAGGCUCUCCACGAACUGGACAUGCGGGAUUACGAGGCUAUGGUCACGAUAAGGGCCGAAAAUCUGUCUGCUAUUCCUUAGAGAAAUACUAGUGCAAUUGAGGACUCCCAAAUAGAUGGAAGCAUAUCGCAGUGUUGACAAAAGAUAUAAUAUAUAUGUAUAUUACCGCAACAGCGUACAAUAAAACCAGAUUAUAAAA